AUGCAGGACUGGGUGUUCCUGACCCGUUUCUGUUUCCUGGGGGACUGGGUGUUCCUGACCCGUUUCUGUUUCCUCUCCGAUUUCGGCCGCCUGGAUUUUCACUUCCGCUACCCCGAGGCCAAGUGCUGCCAGAACAUUCUGCUCUACUUCGACGACCCCUCCCAAUGGCCCGCGGUCUACAGGAGGGGGGGCAAGGACUGCCUGGCCAAGGAGUCGGUGAUCCGGCCCGAGAACAACCAGGUGAUCAACCUGACCACGCAGUACGCCUGGUCCGGCUGCCAGGUGCUGCCGGGGGUCUCGGGGAGGGUCCUGAGCUGCUCCAGCAGCCGCAGCUUCCGCUCGGUGCGGGAGCGCUGGUGGUACGUGGCGCUCAGCAAGUGCGGGGGCGGCGGGCUGGAGCUGGAGUACGAGAUGGUUCUGACCAACGGCGACUCCUUCUGGACGCGCCAUUUCUCGGCCGACGAGUUCGGGAUCCUGGAGACCGACAUCACCUUCCUGCUCAUCUUCAGCCUCAUCUUCCUCCUCUCCUGCUACUGCGGCUACCGGCUCAAGGGGCGGCAGCUGCUGCACACGACCGACAAGAUGUUCAUGGCGGCCGCCGGCCUGGAGGUUCUGAGCCUGCUCCUGAGCUGCGUCUAUUGGGGCCAGUACAGAUGGUACGGGGUCGGACACGGCGCCCUCAAGCUGGCGGGGAAGCUCCUGUUCUCCAUCAGCUUCCUCAUCUUCCUCCUGAUGCUGAUCCUGCUGGGCAAGGGCUUCACCGUCACCAGGGGCCGCAUCAGCCCGGGGGACUCCGUCCGUCUGUCCGUCUACAUGACGCUCUACAGCAUCGCCCACAUCGCCCUGCUCACCUACGAGGCUCAGUUUUUUGACCCUGGCCAGGUGCUGUACACCUAUGAGUCCCCGGCCGGGUACGGGCUGAUCGCGCUGCAGUUCGGAGCCUUCGCCUGGUUCUGCGGGGCCGUGGGCGCCACGCUCAGCGCCGUCCCCGAGCGCCGCCCCUUCUACCUGCCCUUCCUGGGCGCCUACGCCUUCUGGUGCGCUUUGGGGAGAAUCGGUGAAAAUUUGGGGAAAAUCGGUCGAAUUUUGGGGAAAAUCGGUGGAAAUUUGGGGAAAAUCAGUGGAAAUUUGGGGAAAAUUGGUGGAAAUUUGGGGAAAAUCGGUGGAAAUUUG